CGGGGAUCGGACGUGGCCCGCCAGGGCCAGGCACUGCGCUCGAAGACCGAUCCGGAGCCCGGCCGGAGGGGGCGGUGUGCGGCGCUCUCGGGCGCACAGGCGGACCUUGCCCGUGCCCCGCUCCCCAUUGGUCGCCACCUCGGCAGGAGGGGCCGCCCGCGCUCAGGGCACCUGGCGUCGCCCCUCCGCAGGGAAAUCGGAGGCUGCCGGGCGCGGACGCCGGGAGGGAAAGGCAUCCGGAGGGAAGGCUCGGGGCCGCUGUCGAGUUCCCAGAGGCCUGCCCUGUUCUGCCAGCCGCCCCGCCGCGGGCGAUGCUCGGAUGCCCCUGCUACGGCUUCGCCAGAAGGAAACUUUGCCCGGAGAAGUCCCCCACCCUCCUGACCGCGCGGAGAGGCGCCUGUUGGGCCGCGCGCCCCCGGGGGCCCCGCAGCCCCGCGCGAGAUUGCGGGGGCCCCCAGGCGCCUGGCGCACGCCGCGCCCCGCCGUGCGCGAGCGGCCGCCAGGAUGCGCUACGCGGACCCCUCGGCGAACCGGGAUUUGUUGGGGAACCGGACUUUGCUCUUCAUCUUCAUCUGCGCCUUCGCCUUGGUGACCUUGCUGCAACAGAUCUUGUAUGGCAGGAACUACAUCAAGAGAGGUCUCCAGUUUGGUUGGCAGAGUGGUGACCAGCUGGCCAAUUGGACGGGGCUCUUUAAUGUCAUGGACGACCCAGCAGUGCAGAGUGGCAGUGACUCCAGCUCCAGGUACUUUGAAUUUUACGAGGGCCCUUUUGAGUAUAACUCCACGAGAUGCCUGGAGCUGAGGCACGAGAUCUUGGAAGUGAAGGUGCUUUCCAUGGUGAAGCAGUUGGAGCUGUUCGACAGGUGGAAGAGCCUCCAGAUGUGCAAAUGGGCGAUGAACAUCUCUGAAGCCAACCAGUUCAAGUCCACUCUGUCCAGGUGCUGCAAUGCCCCCUCCUUCCUCUUCACCACCCAGAAGAACACGCCCCUGGGGACGAAACUCAAGUAUGAGGUGGACACCAGCGGCAUCUACCACAUCAACCGGGAGAUCUUCCACAUGUUUCCCAAGGACAUGCCCUACUACCGGUCCCAAUUUAAGAAAUGUGCCGUGGUGGGCAAUGGGGGCAUCCUAAAGAACAGCCGCUGCGGGAGGGAGAUCAACAGCGCCGACUUUGUCUUCCGGUGCAACCUACCCCCCAUCUCGGAGAAGUACACCAUGGAUGUAGGGGUGAAGACAGAUGUGGUCACGGUGAACCCCAGCAUCAUCACAGAGAGGUUCCACAAGCUGGAGAAGUGGCGGCGGCCCUUCUACCGGGUGCUGCAGGUGUACGAGAACGCGUCCGUGCUGCUGCCUGCAUUCUACAACACGCGCAACACCGACGUGUCCAUCCGCGUCAAGUACGUGCUGGACGACUUCGAGUCGUCGCAGGCCGUGUACUACUUCCACCCGCAGUACCUGGUCAACGUGUCGCGCUACUGGCUCACCCUCGGGGUGCGCGCCAAGCGCAUCAGCACCGGCCUCAUCCUGGCCACGGCGGCGCUGGAACUGUGCGAGGAGGUGCACCUGUUCGGCUUCUGGGCCUUCCCCAUGAACCCCUCGGGCCUCUCCAUCACCCACCACUACUACGACAACGUCAAGCCCCGCCCGGGCUUCCACGCCAUGCCCUCCGAGAUCUUCAACUUCCUGCACCUGCACAGCCGCGGCAUCCUGCGCGUGCACACGGGCACCUGCAACUGCUGCUGAGGGCGGCGCAGGCUGCCCGCCCGGCCGCCCGGCACACGGAACCUCGCUCCUCGCCCGCCCACCCGCAGGGCAGGGCGAAGGCCUGGCGCUGAGGCUGGCACGCCCUCGGACGCUCGGCUUCGGGCUUCGGUCCUGUGGGCUGGGGGCCAGGCAGAGUCAGCUCCGUGCCGAGCGCCCCCCACCUGCGCACGGGUAGCGCACUGCUGGGCCACACCUCCAGGUCGCGGCCCUGGGGAUUGCAAGUGAAUCAAGCACAUUUCCACUCAGUUUUAGCAACCAAGAGAGCACAAACUGUAAGGCCUCUUUGCAGCUAAAGGAAGGCCCCAGCGGGAACGGAAAAGAGGGAGACAGGACAUGUGAGUAUGGUUAAGAUUUAACUCAGGACUUUGGGUUCCUGAGUCUUAUACCCAGGCCUCAGCCCUGAAUUGUUGUAGAGAACCUCAGAGCUUAGAGGCCAACCCAGCGGCCAGACCUUCCUGUGGGGACAAUGGCUCAGAGAGGUCCAGGGAUUAUCAACCAAGGUUCCACCAACCGAGUCCAUUAAGCGGCGCUGUGAGAUCUGAUGCAAGGCCUGUGUGUUAUGAUCUUCACCAAGACACUGUCAGCCAAGGAGAGCCACACCCUUCAAACACAUCCUCAGGCACACACACAAGUCUUGGUGCCUCCAAGUUCAAUCCUGCGUUUGAUCUUUUGAUGAGAAGGAAAUAAACCAGACCAGCCAUUUGCACUAAGGUUUCCAAGCCAAUGUUAUCGACUCAAUAAGUGCUUAGCGACUUGCUUCCUCUUCUGUCUCCCUAUCUUCAGCUCUGUUUUAACCAGGAGUUAUUUAUAAGAUCCGUCCCUCUGUGUGUUCCUGAAUACUGCAGAAUCCUGCUGUAUAAUGUUCCUGAAUUGGAACCGUAAGGCUCCAGACUGGAAAGCGCUGACAUGUGACUGGUGAGCUUAGCGAUGGAAGUGAGCCAUGGUCUCUGACACCAGCAUCACUGAGGUUCUACUGUAAAGGUGGGACUUCCCACAGCACUCAGCCUGGUGGCCUUCACACGCAUGGACCCACAGGGCCUCUGCUUUGGGAAGUCAGCUGUAGCUAGGCUAAAAGGGGUUCACAUGUCAUUUCACAUCCCUUUGCUUCCCCCGUGGUAUUUCCACCAUGAAUGCGGCUGUGCCUAAUACACACCGUUGGUGAAUUGCCUUAGAAUUUAGCUUUGUGGAAUCGUAGAAUAUUAGUCCUGAAAGACCUUCAGCUCCCUCCCUCCUCCUUCCUUCCCUCCCCCCUCGCUUCUUUCCUCCCUUCCUAUUUCCUCUCACCCUUCUUCCCUUCCUCCUUUCUCCCCUCCUUCCCAUAAACAUUUCCCCAAGCCUAUUCUGCUUUGGGUUGGGGCUGGGCUUGGGAAGACAUGAUGACACAUAAAGGCAGUGUCUCUGUCUUCUAGGAGUGGAGGGCAGACCAUAGACAAAUUCUGGCCCCGCCCACUGGGUGUUCAGAGGGGGAGGGACUGUGAGAGCGCAACACAGCAGGGAACGGGACCUUUCAUCCGAUCACCUCAUUUUACAGGCAGAGCAAUAGGCCCAGCUGGUGAGAGACAAGAGGGCACAGGCCUUGUCCCGGGCCCCCAGGCUCCCCAUCCAGGGCGGAACCCCUUCCUCUUGCCUGGAUUUCAUGUUGGUGGGCCAGUAUGGAGCAAGUGCUCCAUGCACGACACUGUUCUAGAUGCUGGCCUUGGUUCUGAGCUCUGGUCCUCACUGGGAAACCCUGGGGCUGCUCUGAGCCUGUCUGCUUGUCUGCAGAGCAAGGAAGUAGCCAAUGAGGUAAAUUAAGCCCAAGCACUUGGCGAACCAGGAAACACUACUAAGGAUGGUGGAUGGUUAUGCUUCCUUGUGCUCUGCCUAUUUCUCCGAAGGAAGGAACGUCUGGAAAGAUUCCAGUUAACUGAGGUUUCCAGCCACUUGUUUAUGGUUAAUUGAGCCCCUUUCUUGAAACUACAGAACGUCAGAACUGGAAGGCUCUUAAAGACCAUUUUGUCUCACAUAAGGAAACAGGCCCAGAACAGGGAGGUGAUCUGGGUCAAGUCGUGCCAGGGGCUCUAUUGAGUGCCUGCUGAGGAUAGAACCCUCUGCCAGAAGCCCUCUGUUUAUGUUCCAGAUGGGGCAGUGUUUGGGGGCAAGAGCAUUGGUGAGUCAAAUACCACGGUUCUCACAGCCAAGGGUGUCAUGGGCUGGUGUCUGCCCCAGCCAGGUCCCCUGUAGGGGCUGGGGAUGGAGCAUCAUGACCCACCCUGUGAAGGAGCUGGACUCCUUGCUCUCGGUCCUAUUUAAGUCUCUGGGUCUUAGGGCAAGUCCCUUCCCCUCCCUUAGGGUCUCCGUUUCCUCAUCUCUACAACUAAAGGCUUAAAGAAUAUCCCUAGGGUCUCUGUAAUCUUUAGUUUUAUUUAAGUUUUUGGAAGUACUCAUGAUGUAUGGAUCUAAGCCAUAAAUAAUAUUUAUUACUAUAAUA